UGAAACUUCAGAAUGCGUAUCUAAUAGCAACCAAUGACUUUUCCUAUUUUCUCACUUGGAAUCCGUUUUGGAGCUUUGGAAUUGCUAUCUCACUUGAAUCAGUAACAUCUGUGAGAACAGAGCCAGCUUGAGUUAGACAGAUUUCCUGCAUUUGAAGCUCGUUUUUCCCUCUCUGAAGAGAUUGCUCUGGGACAAUUACAUUUAAUGCCUCCUAUUUCUUUUUGCUUUUUUUUUAGCAGCUUGACUUGAAGGAUUUUUAAAGUGACUUUACCACCAUUUUGAAAAAGUCCACUUUCAAAGCACAUGAAAAGAAAAGUUUGAGGGGAUUCCUAAAGCUGUAUUGCAGCUUGCAGCAUGCUGUUGACUAUUCAGGAUUUGCUUUUUGAUGUUGGUUUGCUGAUAGAUCCCCCAAAAAACCUUCAUUAUCUGCAGUCAACAAGAAACAGAGUGGGUAAAGGACCUUUUGGAGAAGGAACUACAAAGUGAAAGAAAGGGAAGUAGUGAGAGAGUGUAUUUCUGAAUGCUUUCAAGGAUAUCAGAACACUUGCUAUCUGUUGAAUAUUGAUGGGAAAACAAGGAGCCUGACCCAUUCAUUAUACUCCGCUUCAAGUGUAAAUUACUCAGUUGUAACGUGUAUGGGCUGAACUGUUUUAGGGGAAAACGCAUUACAAUUAAGCAACUGUGUUUCAAGUGAGAAGAUUAAAUGCAUCAAAACAUAUUUAAAUCACAGUGAAACAAAGUUCCAUAUUUUAGUGUUUGUUUUAUUAGCUGAAAGAAAAUAGAAUAAGAAGAUGGAAGCUGUGAAUGUGUUUUUGGCUUGGAGUGUUCUUAUUCUCCUGGGGAACCUUGAACCUCUAAUAGUAGCCAAGCUUGUCUUGGUGAAUAAAGGGAUUAACACUGAAAGAGGACAAAUCACAUAUGUAACUGAAAAUGAGCUGCAGUUCAACACUUCUAAAGAGAGAAAUUCUUGCAAAGUAGAGGUGGUGAUAAAUGAGCCAGCGACACAAAGAGUUGGGAAACUGACACCUCAGGUAUUUGAUUGCCACUUUCUACCCAAUGAAGUGAGGUACAUUCAUAAUGGAUGUCCCCUCCUUAAAGAAGAUACGGUGAUACUGAGAGUAUACAGGUUUACAUCACUGGAGACUAUAGUAGAAACAUUUGUCAUUUAUGUAAAGAUCAGAAACUCAUCAUCAAGCCUUGUUGAGUUUGGACACAUCCCUCUAGAAGUUCCACAUUUCUUUGGGCUUUCUCAACCCAUUGACAGAAGUAUUUUGAGUUUUAGAUACAAUGGAUUUGCUAAAAUCUGCACAGUAAGGAUUGUGUCAUCUGAAUCACAAUUUCCUGCUGUUGGCCAACUAAUUGCCGAAGACCCAAAAACACAGCAAAGUGAAGAUGAACAAGUGCCCAUCAAAUUAAAUAAAGGGUCCAAAGAAAUACAUGAUUUAAAGAUCAGUUGUGAAGAAUUUCUGGAAAUGGGUCUUAGGUAUCAACACAUCAGCCCUCCAUCACCUGAUAAGGAUUAUAUCUCAAUUCAAGUGGAAAUCAUAGACAAAAAGAGCAGAUUUCAGCAGCAGGCAGAAAAUGUGUGGAUUCCUGUAAAAAUAAAAGGUGCCAUUCCAAAUGUAAAACCGCAAGCUGCAUUCAUGGCCAUGUUCAUCUUGGAAAUAGAUGAAUUUAUUCUUACUCCUCUUACGACUGUGAUUUUGGAUGCUAUCGAUGAAGAGACUCAAAAGCAAAGACUGGUAUUCAAUAUUACUAAGCCUCCUCCUCUAGGAUACAUUACCCAUCUGGAAGAUCAAUCAAAAGCUAUUAGAUCCUUCACUUGGCAAGAUUUGUAUGACACAAAAGUUGCUUUCCAACCAUCCAAUAUUUCUCAUUCUGAAAGACAGAACUAUGAGGUUGAGUUUCAAGCAAUUGAUAGCUUCUUCAUGAACAGCUUGCCUAUCAGUGUCCAUUUUUCAGUACGAAAUGCUGUAAUGGAUGCUCCUAGAGUUGCAUGGAACAUGGGGCUUGACUUGUUAGAAGGGCAGUCUCGUCCCAUUACCUGGCAAUCCCUUCAGAUUGUAGAUAAUGACAACCUUCAUAGUGUUCAACUGCUUGUGGUGGAAGGCUUAAAUCAUGGUUGGCUCACAGUUCAAGGGAAAAAAGGUUUCAAGUUUGGAGUUAAAGAACUCAGAAAUGGAGUUGUCCGGUAUCAUCAUGAUGACAGCGACACAACCAAGGAUGACAUAGUCUUCAGAAUCUAUGAUGGAAAGCACAGUGUUAGACACAAAUUUCCUAUUAAUAUUCUUCCAAAAGAUGACAGUCCACCAUUCUUGGUGAACAAUCUUGUUCUUGAGCUGGAAGAAGGGGACUGUGCUCUUAUUGAAAAUCAUAUACUUAUGGCAGCUGAUUUUGACUCAAAUGAUGAUUAUAUCCUCUAUAAAAUAUCCAAGCCACCCAGUGCUGGAGAACUUAUUAAGCAACAAUUACCAGAUGGAUCAGGUACUUCUGUGUCCAGCUUUUUCCAAAGAGAUCUCUUUCGUGGUCUUAUUUACUAUCAUCAUUUUGGAGAUGAAGUUUUCCAAGACUCAUUUGAAUUUAUCUUAGCUGACAGCCAGGAGCCACCGAACCUAUCAGAUCCUCAGAAUGUGAUGAUCCACAUUAUGCCAGUGAAAGACCAUUUGCCAGAAGCAGUUCCUGGGACAAUAAGGCAUCUUGUUGUCAAAGAAACAGAGAUUGCUCUCAUCACAAAGAACCACCUCCAUUUUACAGAUGCUGAAUCACCAGACAACCAAAUUUUAUACACAGUUACAAAAGCCUGUUUCUCUCCCACUUCUCCUGGGCUUUAUGAUGCAGGAAGACUAAUCUUCACAGAUAAUGUGAAAAAGUACAUGAAAAAUUCUCCUCCCCAUGUUUUGUCAUCUUUCACACAGCAUGCUAUAAGCCAUCUGAAAGUGGCAUACAUGCCCCCAUUUGUGGAAAUGGGCCCUGACCUGCUGUUUGUACAGUUUGAAUUCUCUGUCAGUGACCAGCAGGGAGGAAUGAGGACUGGCCUCAUCUUUAAUAUCACAGUGAUGCCUGUGGAUGAUGAAGCACCUGAGAUUUUCACCAAUCAGCUAAAAACAGCGGAAGGUGGCCAUUCAUUCAUCACUGCAGAACAUCUAAUGGUUACAGACUUGGACACUAAAACCAGUGAUAUAAAAAUUGAACUAAAGAAAUCACCUUUGCAUGGACACAUUAAGCUACAUGGAGACAUAAUGCUGGAGGGGGAGAAAUUUACCCUUUGGGAUUUGCACUCUUCCAAUGUUUGGUAUCAGCAUGACAGCACAGAAACCCUUGAAGACAGAGUCAUGUUUUUAGCAACAGAUGGAUUUAACACUGCAGAUGGAAUGUUAAUAAUACAGAUCACUCCAGUUAAUGAUGAGCCACCAGAACUACAACCUGGAUUAAAGUCAAGCCUGGAGUGCCCAGAAGGAGAGCAAAUUCUCAUUACUGCUGAAUAUCUCUAUGCAACAGAUGUUGACAAUGAUGAUGUCAGACUUACUUAUAUGAUUGUGAAAACGCCAAAGCAUGGUGUGAUUCAAAAGGAUAACUUUGUGGUGAAUAGGUUCUCUCAACAUGAUGUUACUCAAGGUGCAAUCUCCUAUGUUCACACUGGUGGAGAAAUAGGUCAUGAAUAUAUUGUGGACAGCAUAACUUUUGUUAUCUCAGAUGGAGAAACUGGAAUAGGAGAUGGCUGUUGUAUUGAUAAAAAAUUCCCACUGCCUAUACCACUUCAUCCCAGUUUACCAGUGCAUGAUCUGAAUGUCACAAUUCUGCCCAUUAACAAUCAGGAGCCAUCCAUUCAAACUGGAGAGAUACUUAUAGUGGAAGAAGGCGCUUCGACACCUAUCAGUUUAAAAUAUCUGGAUGUGAAAGAUGAAGAUUCAAAACCUGAGGAGUUAACUUUCUUCUUAGAGACAAAUCCAGUGCACGGUUACCUGGAGAAUAUUCUUCCUACUCCUGGAUAUGAGAAGACCAAUGUGGGCUUGAAUAUAAGUGUCUUCACAUUUCAGAACUUACAGGAUGGUUAUAUCAACUAUGUUCAGUCUAAGCAUGAGAAUUUGGAACCCAUCUCUGAUGGUUUCAUGGUAUCAGUAAGCGAUGGCCUUCAUAAAUCCAUAGCAAUGCCUUUCUACAUUGUCAUCGUUCCAGUUAAUGAUGAAACCCCACAGCUGAAACUCAGAAACAUAACAGUAAUGGAAGGAAACAUUGUAGCAAUGGGCCCUGACACCAUUAAUGUUGAAGAUUUUGACAUCCCACAAGAUCCGUUAAGAUUUUAUAUUGUUACCCCACCCUGGCAUGGGUUGAUACUAAAUGGAACUUAUGGCAGAGAGAUUGAGCAUUACAGAAAAUUAAGCCCAGUAAUUCUUCAUCAAGAUUUAGAGAUUCACAGCUUUACUUUGGAGGAACUUAAAAAAGGACUGAUGCUUAUGUACAUGCAUGAUGACACAGAAAGCCUAGAGGAUAGCUUCACCGUUCAGCUGACAGAUGGCAAGCACACAGUCCAAGGGACACUUUACAUCUACAUCAUGCCAGUCAACGAUGAAAUCCCUCAUCUUUCCAGGAACACAGGCUUGGAAGUUGAAGUCGGGGGCAGUAAAGUUAUUUCCAGUGUGUCAUUAGAAGUGGAAGACAAAGAUUCUCCAAGAAAUCAACUUCAGUAUGUCAUCAACAACAAGCCAAAGUGGGGACACCUAAAAUUAAAGACUGCAUCAGCUUGGAGCACUCUGCAUCCUGGAAUGAAUUUCACUCAAGAUGAUGUGGACAUGAACCGCCUCUGGUAUUUCCAUACUAACAUCCUGACUCCAGAAAGUCAUGACAGCUUCCGAUUUUAUGUGACAGAUGGGCAGAACAGCUCUCCACCAGGAAGUUUCUAUAUGUUCAUUAAAAGUAUGGAGAAAGGUGACAUUGUUCUAUUCACCAAACCUGUAACUUUAACAGAGGGUGACAGGGUGACCUUGACGACAGAUGUUCUUAUGGCAACAGAUGGCACUGGUAAACCAGAGAAGCUGCUGUAUGCCAUUUCUGUGCCACCUGUGCAUGGUCAGAUUGAGUACAUCAAUUAUCCCGGCGUGCCCAUUCCCCACUACAGCCAGUUGGAUGUUGUGGCCCAGAAGGUCUGCUACAUUCAUGACAAUAGCCACGAGGCUAGUAAGGAUUCAUUCAGUUUUACCAUCAGUAAUGGUCAUAUGGAGAAGAAAGGCCAGCUAGAAUUAAACAUUAAACACACUGACCGGAUUCCACCUACUUUACUUUAUAACAAAGGUCUUCAUAUUAUGGAGGGUAGCAAAGGAGUCUUAACUUCAGAUGUUCUUCAACUUAUAGACAUAGACAGCCCAGCAAAAAAUCUCACCUAUAUUAUUACCCAGUACCCACAAUAUGGACAUUUAUACAUGAAAGAGAUGGUCUUACACUGGGGCCAAUUUACACAAUUGGAUGUGGAUAACAGAAGAGUGUACUACAAACAUAAUGGACGAACUGGGCAAAUUGAUAUGUUCUCCUUUGUAGCUACAGACAAAGUCAAUCGUGGAGUUUUGGUCAAUGGGCAACUGAGAGAUGACCCCAUUGAAUUUAUGAUACAGGACCCUAGCCAUGAUGGAUGGAGGUGGUCAUCUAAGCUCUGUGGUUGGGUCUCUGAGCAGGCAUAAAGAUUGUGCAGAACUGAGAAUAGAUUGUGCAGAACUGAGAAUUUUGGCUGAAUUCCCCCCCCCCCAUGCAACUCUCUUGUUUCAAAGAUGUUUUUGUCCAAAUCUCCUCUUCUCUGUAACUGGAUCAUGUCCUCCUGUAUAAUCCAUACCAUACACUCAGGUCCUCUGUGUGACAUUUACUUCAAAAAGCCAGGACAAGAAUGGCAAAUGUCACUCAAAGCACUUUUUCCUCUAGCCGCCCCUAGACAGGGGAACAACCUGUUGGAAAAGACUCAACAACUGAAUUUAAAGCAGGCUGCCCUACCUAAAUGAUUUUUAAAUUAUGAAUCUGAAUAUGCAUUGAACGUAUAGGUAAAGGUUAAGGUUUUCCCCUGACAUUAAGUCCAGUCGUGUCCGACUCUGGGGGUUGGUGCUCGAGAUGGAGAUCAUUUCUAAGUCGAAGAGCCAGCGUUGUCCGUAGACACCUCCAAGGUCAUGUGGCCAGCAAGACUGCAUGGAGCGCUGUUAUCUUCCCUCUGGAGCGGUACCUAUUGAUCUACUCACAUUUGCAUGUUUUUGAACUGCUAGGUUGGAAGAAGUUGGGGCUAACAGCGGGUGCUCACUCCGCUCCCCAGAUUCAAACCUGUGACCUUUUGGGCCACAAGUUCAGCAACUCAGCGCUUUAACACGCUGUGCCACCGCCCCCCCCCCAUUGAACAUAUAUGUUCUUUUAAACUGAUGGUAUGUUUAUGUGUUUUUAACUGAUAUGUGUUGCUUUUUAAUCUGUUGAUGAUCCCCAUUUUGAUCCACUGGGAAAGGUGUUUAAGAAAUUUGUUUUUGUGGAUCUAUUUACCCAAAAUUUUGUGAAUCUAUUUACUCAAAAUUAGGCAACAUUUUUGAUCUAACCAGGAUUCAGACCCAAGAAUGCAUUGGCAAAAUCAGUGAUAUAUUCAAAUUAACACAGAGAAAGGGGAAGUACAUAAAACUCAAAAGUGGAUUAGAACGUCAAAAAAAAGCCUCUCAUUCAAAUUCCACAAUUUGGUUCUCGAGCCCACAGAUUUCCAGGAAACAAACAUCUUCGCUCUAUUUAGAAGUCUUGUUAUUCACCUGUGAAAUGUAGCUCUGUGCCUUUAAACACAUUGUUCAAUGUUAGGAAUACAUUUAACUGCUUAUUCAGGACUGAGAGGCUUACAUGUCUGGUAAAUCAACCUCAGUGGCCACUAGAGAGAGGCACUUCUGGCAAAAGUUCAGAAAUCAGUGUUUUGGAAAGAUUGGUUUGACCAGCUCUCAUGUGAGCGCAUGUUCCUGACCAAAUGCAGUCAAAUUCUAAAUGACAUUUAACUGCUCCCUUGCUACUCCUAACCAUGGCCAAAGCCCUCCUAAACCUCACAGGAUGCUCAGGAGGAGCUUAUUUUGAACUUCCCUUAUUUUAACUUCGUGUUCCUAUUUAAUAUGUUGAGGUUGUGUUUUGAAUAACCUGUUUUGUCGUAAUUUAUUGAGGAGUCUUGGGAGAAGCAUGCAUUAUAAAAUAUGCUUCUACUUGUUAAAUUGUUUAAAUGGGGAUUUCUGUUUAUUGUCAACAGCUUUGACACAUACAGACAAAUCCAAUGCGUUUUUUCUCAUACGUAAGUCCACUGAGAUCAGUGGAAUUUACUGCCAAGUAAACAUACACUUUCUAAGUUACAGAUGGUCACUGUGCAAAUGGUCAUUUUCAAGUUUGCCUCUAUCCCUUUUUAUUAAAUUUGGCAGUGGUGUAUUUGAAGGGUGAUAGAUUUUGGAACCAAAAGAGUUAAUGGGCAGUAGCCCCUAAAUUGCAUGUUUCUUAAAACUCAUGGCCUAGUUUACUAAUCAGUUGUCAUAAGAUGUCAGAUAGGGAACCAUCACUUAAGGAUUGCAGAAUGCAGUCAGUCAAGCAGCUAAUUGGUUGGACAGUGGCAUGAAGGUGUAUAUCCCAAAGGAGGGUGAAUUAUCAGAACAGGUGAAGAAAGUUUGGAUAGAUGAGCAUCUCAGUGGUAUAAAAUUCAACACUUGGCUGGAUUACAUUGAUGUCGACCAGGAAGGCAGCUUUGUUCCUUCUUUGGGGAAUGCAUAUCAGCAUAGUGGGCUGAAAGACCAUUAUUCCCCUUCUCUAGUUUAAUUGAAGAAUGAAACUGCUAGUCAGCUGAAUGAAGAGCAAUACCCAAGGAAUACCUUGACAGUUUCUUUUUGUCUUAAAUACUGAAAAGUAUGUGCUUUCUACUGUGUUGUUAUUUGCAACUUAUCUCUCUUUUUAAAUCACCAGCAAAAAGAGCUGGCAACAAUUCAUUAUACAACUUGUGGCUUUUUCUCUUUUUAUCCUAAAAUAUCAUCCUUCAAAAAUCUGACAAAGAUCCCAGUCAAAAACCUCUGGUGUUCUCAUCUUGUUAUUUUUAACAAAAUUUGAAAUGUUCCUUGUUUGGAAGUAUUAUUCCUAUUUAAUAGUGUGGUGCUUAAUGGAAAUAACUGCACCCAGUCUCUGGGCACAUAUCCCUUUGGAAAUAAAUGUCAAUCACAACCUUAUUGAAAAGGAAAAAUGAUGUCAUAUCUGCUUGGCAUGAAUCUCUAUGAACAUGUGGAGACCACCUUUUGAAAACCACGAGUCAAGAAAAGCAUAACCUUGUCAAAAGUCAACCCUUUGAACAAGUGAUAUUCAUAAGCAUUCAUGUAAUGGCACACAAGUAACUCAACUGUUAAACUGAAGAACCAUGUCUUUGAACUGCUGACGAUAAAGGCAUGCCACUACAAAAUAUAUUCAUUUGGUAGAAGAUGGUUAUUUUGAAGUUGAAGUUGCAGUUGCCCAAAAGAUAUACACUCCCUUGAAACUUCUUAGUUUAAAAUAUGCAGUCAGAGAUUAAAAAACAAAGUCUUCUUUGGAAAAUAACAUAUCUUGUUUACUCACAAACAUCUUGUAUUAAUUCACCAUACAGGCACAUUUCUUAAGUUCAGUUAUAGAUAGGAUGCAGUACUCUGUGUGUUGAGUACACAAGGUAUCAUUCUUAAUCAAUAGGUCAUAGUCAGAUAUGAAGGAAAUUGGCUAAAGACAAUUUCUAGAUGGUACCUAACCCCUAAAAAAAACUCGGGUUAAUGUACAGGAACAGAGAUAAUAAAUGUUGGAGGUGCAAAGAUCAGGUAGGUUUGUAUUUCCACAUGUGGUGGAACUGCAAAGAAAUUAAAAACUAUUGGAAAAUAAUUCAUACCGAAAGUAAAAUAAAAAUAUCUUAAAAUAGAUUUUGAUUGUAAACCAUAAUAUUACCUAUUAGGGCUACUUGAUAUGCAAAAUAAUGAUGAAUUAAAUACCUCAAAAGAUAAAAAUAUCAAAGAAAAAAUCUUUACAUACAUAAUAAUGGCAGCAAGAAUAGUGGUAGCCAGAAAUUGGAAAGGAACUACCAGUCCCACUAAAUCAAUGUGGCUGGAAAAAAUGUUAGAUAUUAAAAAUAUAGAUAAAUUUACUUAUUUGAUUUUAAAAAAAUACCAGUAGGCCCACAAAAGAAAUGGAUUGGUCAAACUUUGAAGAAUAUCUACAAGAAGAACUGAAAUGAAGAUUGGAUAUGAGAUGUAAAUGGAAGAUAGAAGAAUGGAAGUCUAACCCCCCCCUCUUGUUAGGUCAUCUUACCUAGGAGUCUGACAACAGACUCCUUUCCAUUUCCUACUACCCUACCCCAAACCUUCCUCCCCACAUUUCCCUUCCCCCCACCCUUAGUCUAGCCCUUAUCACUACCGUUACAUGUACCCAUACCCUAGGGUUUUACCCCCUUCCCCUCUAUUUCUCCUUACCGCUCUCUCCACUACUCUCCUCCCCUCUACCCCUUAGUUAUCAAUCUUGUAAUACUGAAAAUUUUCAAUAAAUAUCAGGCAUAGUUGUA